AGUGUCAGUGACUCACCGUGUACUUUUCUUAGCAGUGUGUCGUCCUGAGCCUUACUACUUACAACCUUUUUGCCGUAGACGAAAUUUGCUCGAUAAAAAGUUGUAGAAGAAGUGAAACUUACUAGCAUGGUGCUAUCGUGUCGUGGUCCAGCGGAUGAACAAUAAGAGCGCUACCACAACGACCUGCUCGAGAGCCUUUUUGUUUGUUGUAUUCCUAGUUGUACAACUACAACUCUUGAUCUUUCUUGUUUCUCAAAAGAAUGUUCACCUCCGUGAAACCGACGGGUGGUCCGUUUCCGUGGAACAAGAAGUGAAAGAUAAACAUUCAUCAUCAAAUUGUCCAAGAGAAAGCUGCUAUGUCCACCCUGGUCGAUGAAGAGUCUGUACAGCAGCUCUGUUGAGCGUGUGGCCCGGCCCUUGUGCAAUAAUUCCUCCUCGUAUCUUCAACACCAGCAGCUCCAGGCGACCAAAAACCAGUAUAAUCAUCACCAUCGGAUAGUCCGGCUGAACAACCGCUUUUUGUUUCAUCAUCCGCACAAGAAGAACUACAGUUUCAUCGUGGGUCGUGGGCGAUCAACGUCCUCGAGGGGCUUGUUCUUGGCUAUCACAGCUACAGCAACGACGCUCCUUGAUUUCGUCUUUCCUCCCUGUUUGUCCUCCAAUAUGAACUUGCUGCAGCGCGCCGCCGCUUUCUCCGGCGGUGGAACCACUGCAGCUAGCGGCACCGGCGAUUAUACUAGCACAACCGAUGGGACGGCGACGAGCAGCUCUCGUCGAGCAGGAUCCGGAACUACAAACUACCCGGAGCCCGGAAACUGCACACUGACGGACGCUUACAACUUCGUGCGGGGGCACUACACGGACAGCUCACAGGUGGUGCCCAGAUUUCAGAACAGCGAGUCCAACCUGUCCCAAGCGAGUCUAAACCGCAGGAUGCUGCAGAUGCUGGAGCUGCAACGGGGACAGACGAUUGCGGAUCUGGGGUCUGGAUGCGGGAUUACGGCCAUAUGGAAUGUAAAAAUGUCUGGGUCUGGAAGGGUGCAACUUGUGAUGCUGCAUUUGGAUGCUAAAAAAACCUGUAUUGCAUGAACAGGAAAAGAGGUCCACUUGUUGCUACGCAAAGAGGGGAUUUCUCAUGCGGUAGGAGCAUCAGAAAGCUCUCGCAGAAUCUGUGAUGCCAGGCAUGCAUCACAGACAUCAUGCCUUAUGGAAAAUAUGCAUGACAAACCUUGUACUCAUCCAGACCCAGACGUUUUUGCAUUUGAUAGGCCAACACGUUUGCGUAUUUCGGCUGCAGCGUCGUCGAUGGGUUUGAGUACCACAAAAAGUCACUAUGAAGAGAGUGCACAAGAACGGCUCUGUAGUGUCGUCCUGCGUAUUUGAAAACAAGAGGAGGACCUCCAGUGGCAGAAAUACAUCGCGGUACUAGCCUCAAGAUGAAUGGGAUUCCAUUCUAUCUAUACCAGAAAAACCAGCCCAUGUCUGGAUGCUGGUAGGGAUCUUCAGUGGGUUCAUCUACUUCGUGCUGCUACUUGUCAUGCCGAAGAAUUCUACAAGUACAAUGCUGUAGUGGAUGCUGGUAAAAAUUGGUGUCUUUACAUGACAAAUUAGGAAGACGAGGGAGGGAAGCCGUUGUGCACUUCUGGCAUAACCCACCGAGAUAUCUGCUGACUUUGCGAAAAACAAGUUGCGACUGCACGAAAUCGCGCCGAACGUCGUGCAGUUGCCGAGCUAUUACUCUGGGGUAUGAACUCAAAAGUAUCGUAUUCGUAUCAAUGCAUGACAAAUUUCCUCAGCAUGGGAAAUAAAAUUUGUCAUGCGGAUUUACCGUAAGAAAAAAAUUUGUAAUGCAUGACUGCAAUUACUUCGAGUACGAUAGUUUUGCACAGGAUACGGGGCGGUGAAUGACAAUCUGCCGACGGGGAAAAAGUACGACCGAUUGCACGGGGGGUACAUGAUGAGCGAGAAGAACGCGAAGAAAUAUGCAAUGAACAACCUGUAUGCAUCUCAAAUAUGUCUGGGUCUGGAGAAGUGGAACUUGUGUUGCAUGUCUUGCAUUCCUGAAAAAUCUGUAUUGCACAUCCAGCAAGUUGUAGAAAGGCGCCACUUUGUCGUCAUGCAAAAACGGAGCUUGUCAUGACAUGUGUGAGCGUGCUAUGCAGCAGACGGCGUCAAGUAAACUUGUCAUGCUUGGCUGCACUUGAAAGCGCCAGUCUUAUCUAUACUUUAGCAUCACAAGUCUCAAGACCCAGACAUAUUUACACUUGAUGAUCUGAAUCCAGACGGCAUCGCGGUGCUGAACGUCGGGGACACGAGUGGGUACGAGGGCGACGUGUUCAUUUUCAAGAAGUCCAGUAUGAGAGUGUCAGGAUUGAAAUCGUCAAAGUUCAAGUUGAAAUAGUUUGUCACGCAUAAGAUGCAGCCUACAAAGUGCCUGUCUUGCAGAGUAGACAAGUGAGGCAGAUUGUAAGCCUGUUGAGAAGUAGAAACUGUAACUGAGCUGCUAAAGUAGCAUGACAAAAGGCGUCCUCCUUACCCAAACAGGACGACAAACUGGAUUUCGGCCUUACUCAGAGUUGUCAUGCACCACUUAGAAUCUGGGUUACAAUUUUCAUCCAUUUUAUGCAUUGCAAGCUAUUUCACCUUCGUCGAUUUCAAUCCUGACACAUCCAUAUCCAGCGACGGGACCACGAUCGAAACCAUACCGACCUACAUCGGCGUCAUUUUCCAGCCGGAUGCGAAGCCUUAAGGGGCGCGAUCGAUGA